AUGGGUUGGAAGGCAGCACAGAAACUCAUACAUCACUGGAAGAUCCUUAGAGGUGACAAUGUUGUGAUAAUCCGGGGCAAGGAUAAAGGCGAGACUGGUAUUAUUAAGCGUGUUAUACGCACUCAAAAUCGUGUUAUUGUUGAGGGCAAGAAUUUGGUGAAGAAGCAUAUCAAGCAAGGGCAAGGUCAUGAAGGUGGGAUUUUUACAGUGGAAGCCCCACUGCAUGUCUCAAAUGUUCAGGUUUUAGAUCCAGUCACAGGGAAGCCCUGCAAGGUUGGAUACAGAUACUUAGAAGAUGGUGCCAAAGUUAGAGUUUCUAGAGGAAUCGGUGCCUCGGGGUCUAUGAUUCCUCGUCCAGAGAUCUUGAAGAUUAGGACCACACCAAGGCCAACAGUUGUUGGUCCUAAGGAUACUCCAUUGGAUUUGGUCUCGGAAAAGACAUAUGACGCUAAAACUGGAAUGGGAGUGCCAGAUCUGUAA